AGAUGCUUUUGGGUUUUGGCGGACAUAACCACAAAGCAUGGCGUCUCACUCUCACUCUUAUUAUUCAUUUCACAGAAAUAUGAAAAACUGUGAAUCUGUGAUACGCACACAUGUGCGUGUAUAAUACAAUAAACUUAUAUAAAAAGAGAGAGGGGGAGAGAGAAGGGGUAAAAUUAACAGUAAGCAAUAGCAGCCCUCUCACUGCAACUCCUUUCUCUCUCUCUCCAAUUCUCUUUUUGUGCUUUUCUGUUGCUUGAAUAAUUGCAAGCCAUUGUUGUUUUCUCGUUGUUUUACCCACUACCCAGUUCUAUUUUUGCAUAAUGUACUCGCGCUUCUGGGAUCUUAUCUAAGUUUCUGAAAAUGGGUAUGCUUCAAAUUUCAAAGCUUGAUAAUUUGAAGAGUGACCGAAGUUAUCGCCAUUUAAUUUGUUGGGUUUGAGAUAACAAUGUCUAAUUUGCGAAGAAGAUUGAGCUCAAGAGAUUGAAAGAUAUGGUUUUUAGUUUGUUUAAGGGGUUUUUGUGUUUUGAAUGCUUUGGAAUCACGUCAUUGAGAUCCGUUCACUGGUGGGGCUCUACCUUUUCCCUCAACAAUCAUUUGUGCUUCGUCUGGGUUCAAAUGCAAGAAUCAUAAAUCAAUAGAUGGCUCAAGAUUUAGAGCUGGAUUUUGAGAAGUAUUGUGUGGUAGAUGGAAGUCCUAAAACUGUUCUUUUAUCUCCCAAUCAUUCAAAAACCGAAAAGAAAAGAGUUAGAAAGAAAGUAAUUAUAACUCAAAACAAGGAAUUUACAGAGAUAAAUUUACAUCGGUACCGAAGUCAAUCAUGUCGUGAUGCUCGGUCAACACGGUCAACGGGGGUCAAUGCAACAUUCAAGAGGGGUUCUGUAUAUCAAAGUUCAAAAGAAGUAAGUAAAAUAAGUGAGAAAGAAACUGAAGGUAGAAAAAAGAUUGAAUUUUCAAGAAAUUCCACUCCUUUACCCUUCGAAUUAUUCGGUUCCUUAUGUGAUUCAGAAGAAGAUGAUGCCUUGUUAGGCUCUCUUUCGAGGUCAUUUUUGGAAAAUUCUAUAAAUCCAAUCAAUAAACAAGAAGAUCAACAACAACAACAUCCUUUAUGUACCCCUUUGAACAAAUCUUUAUCUUCAAGAUUGGAAUUACAAUUACCCCAUUCACCUUCUAAAAAUCCCAAGAAUCGUUUCAGUCCGUUAAAAAAGAUGUUUGACCCAUUUGUGAAGUCAAAAUCCCAGAAAAGUCCUUUAGGAUUUAGCACCAAAGAACAUGAUGAAGCCACAUCAGCUGGAUCAAAGAACACUACUUCACAAAAAUCAUUAAUACAUGAUUUUUCAUAUGCUGAUUGUGAUUCUUGUGGCUUGAUUGUAUCAUCUUCUUGUUUGAAUGGGGUUUUGAAGGUGGAAAACAAGAAUCAAAUGCCUUAUUUUGAGUUUUCAUUAAAGAAUUCAAACGAUGUUUUGGUGGGAAAAACAUCAAAAGUGGGAAAUGGUUGUGAUUGGGUAUACACCUUUCACACUGCUCAAAAUAGACGAAAAAUCAAUGAAUUUAAAGAUAAUAAAAAUCAAGAUUUAACAAAAACAGUUGGCAAGAUGCGGGUUUCGUGUUAUUUAUGUACAGAAUUAGUUAACACAGGAGCUUUUGAUAACUCCAUGAUCAACGAAUUUGUAUUGUAUGAUCUUGAGGGAAUAACUUGCAAGUCAACAAAUGAAAAUUUUGUUGGUGAUUUGCAUUUGGAUCUUGAAACAGCAGCCAUUGUUGUACAAUUUCCAUCUGAGAAUAGAGAAAGCUUGAAAUGUGAUAUGAAUAAGAAUGAAUUUGCAAAAGUGAGUGUUGUGAUCCCUUCAGCCAAUCAUGGGUUGCCAAGUGGCGAAAGUCGUGGGCCCUCUCCGUUGCUUGACAGGUGGCGAUUAGGUGGAGGGUGUGAGUGUGGAGGGUGGGAUAUGGGGUGCCCUCUUGUUGUUCUUAGCAACUUUAGUAUUCAGAAAGAGGAAGCUUGUAAACAGCCAGUCAAACUUUUUAUAAAGGGAAGUAAAGAGAACACACCAGCAUUGACCAUGAAGUUGACUGAAGAAGGGCAGUAUGCAGUUGACUUUCAUGAACAGUUGACCUCACUACAAGCAUUUUCGAUUUGUGUUGCUAUCUUGCACACUACAGAAACAUUGAUUCUUGUUGAUCAUGAUAAAAAUCGAGAAAUGUUGCAAUGUGAUUCUUUAAGAGUCUUUGUUGAAGAUGAAGUCAAACAUUUGAUUGAGGCUGUGGUAGAGGAGGACAAAAGAAAACCAGUCAAAAACGAAUUCCCACCUUCUUUUUUGGUCAACCCUCCGUUUUCUCCAAUGUCACGUGCAUGAUUUUCAAAAGGGUGUCUUGGUUUCUCUAAAAAGAUUAAAAAUUUCCGCGAUUUUUAAUGAUCUUGAGAAGUUAAGAUAGAGAAAAGUCAAAGAUGUUUAUGUUAGUAAGUUGUAGUUGUAGUGGAUUUUCUUUCUUUUUUGUGUAAUUUAUAUGAGAGGUUAGAAUUGGCAACUAGGAUUUGAAUAGCUUUAGAAGAAAUUUUUGUAUCUCUAGAGUAAUAAUAUUCAUCCAUUCACUUUUGGAUUUUUAGUGUUUGUAAUAUUUAGUAAAAUCAGGUU